AUGCAUAGAAGGACGAAAGAUCUUAAAGUACUGUCGUUUACACCUAUUGUAGAGGAUCCGACACUCCCUCAAAUCCCUUCUCUUCAUAUUGCGAUAGUUAUUUCUGGCUAUCUAUUUGAUGAGUCUGAAGUGAUUGAUGCAUGGCAAGAUACUGCACAGCAUGCACUACAUGGCACCGAUGUAUUUCAUCUGACGUUUGAACCACAAGAGUUGGUGGCACUCGGUAAUGCAUUUAAGGUGUUCUUGGCCACUGAGGCUGUCCGUGUGGUAUCGACUCAAGUGAUCCAACAGACAGUGUUUGCUGCUUUGGCUAGUGCAUUGGUUCUUCCCUUUGGACUGAUGCGUGCUGGUGAUUUGAUUGAUAAUCCAUGGGUUGUGGCAAUGGACCGUGCACGCAAAACUGGCUAUGUUUUAGCAGACAUUCUACAAGAACGUGUUCAGGGCAAUCGACCGACAACCUUGAUCGGAUACUCGACAGGUGCAGUCGUCAUCUGGGAAUGUUUGUUGGAACUAGCAAAACGUAAAGAGCAUGGUCUUGUUAACUCUGUGGUUCUAUUGGGUGCACCGAUCAAGACGGAUAUGACAGAAAAAUGGCAGGCAGUAACGUCGGUGGUGUCCCAUCGGUUUGUCAAUGGAUAUUCCAAAAAGGAUGUCGUUCUAGGCUCCAUCUUCCGUCUUCAUGCCCUUGGUUUAGAAGUGGCAGGUCUUCAACCAGUUCUGGUCGAUGGAUGCUCUAAAAUCGAGAACGUGGACCUGUCAGAUAUUGUGGGAGGCCAUCUUGAAUACCGAGAGAAUUUGAAUAUGGUCAUUUCUCUCUUGGGGGUACUCUAA